AAUCCAGGUCGCUUCCGCGAAAGUUAAGGAAGUAGGCACUCUUGCAGUUUGGCCUUCCCGUAGGUGCCCGUGUAGAGGCUUCGGCGCCCAUUCCUAAGAACAACACAAGGAUGAUUUUAGGUCAAGCUCACGAAUUGUAGCGCUAAGCGAGGCAGGGCUAUUUGCCUUCUGGCCACCGAGGAGGAGAAAUGCCAGGGCUAGGAGCACUCUGGGACAGCCUGGUGGACUGCAUAUGCAGACCUCCAAGGGACGAGUACGUGUACCCCGAUGAGCUCGUCGGGGGGAGACGCGGGCUGUUUCGCGUGGGUCGCUACUCGGGCGUGCGCGAAGACCUGACGCUGGUGAACAAACGGGGCAUGCGGCUGCAGUGCAGCCACUACUUUCCCAAGCACGUGCGUGGCCGGGACGGCCGUCUCCCUUGCGUCAUCUACUGCCACUGCAACAGCGGCAGCAGGCGGGAUGCGGAGGAGGCUAUUUGUGUGCUCAUACCGCGCGGCGUCAGUGUCUUCGCGCUGGACUUUGCGGGCAGCGGGCUGUCGGAGGGCCAGUGGGUGACGCUGGGCGCGGAGGAGGUGGAUGACGUGGAGGCGGCGGUGGAGCACCUGCGCGGCAGCGGCCGCGUCAGCACGCUGGGGCUGUGGGGGCGCUCCAUGGGCGCAGUCACGGCGCUGCUGUACGCGCAGCGGGACCCCUCCAUCGCGGGCAUGGUGCUGGACUCGCCCUUCAGCCGGCUGACGGACCUGAUGAUGGAGAUUGUGGCGGAGCAGCGACUGCCCAUUCCCCGCCCCCUGGCCAAACUGGCGCUGGCGGCCAUGAAGCGAUCCGUCAGCAAGCGGGCGAGCUUCGACAUCAACAAGGUGUCACCUGUGGACGCGGUGUCUCAGUCCUUCAUCCCGGCACUGUUCGGGCACGCGGUGGGGGACACCUUCAUCAAGAUCAGCCAUGCCGAGAUACUGCACUCAGCGUACGCAGGGGACAAGAACCUGAUACGGUUUGACGGUGACCACAACAGCCGUCGGCCCGAGUUCUUUUACAACAGCGUCUCCAUCUUCUGGCACAACACGCUGCAGCUGGAGCACCUGCUGGAGCCAGCAGACCUGCCCCCCAUGCGCAGCCUUGCAGGCGGCGCCGCAGCCACCGGCCCCACAGCCGCCGUGGCCGCCGCGGCCGGCGGCGCAGCCGCCAUUGCCGGCGCGCCGCUGCUGGCGGCGCCGCCGCGCAUGCUGCGGGCACCUUCCGCCAGCUCCGCCGCGGGCGCGGGUGCUGCCGGGGGCCCGACCUCGACUGCGACGCUCGCGGGGACUGCGAGCUCGCGGGCGCCGGCGACGCCGCAUUCGCGUGGCGCGUCGCCGGCGGCGUCGCAGUAUGGUGUUGAGGGGCUGGCUGGGGAGCCGGGGCGCAUGGGUGGUGUGCGCAGCGGCGGUCUGGGCGGCGCGGCCACGGACGACGACGCGGAGGACGUGUCGGCUCUGGGUGCGGCGGCGCGGUCGGCGCCAUGGGAGCCGCGCAUGUGGGAGUGGGACCUGGACCGCUCGGUGCUGGAGCGGCAGCGCUUCCGGAGAAUGGCCGGCGGCCUCGCGGACCCUGCCAGCACCUCCGAACCCGGGCCCGCCGGCGCCGGCGCAGCCGCGGCCGCGGGCGCCGGUGCCGGCGGCAGCGGUCCCAGCGGUGCCUCUGUCAAUGAUGCCGGCGCCGGCGCCGCCGGCCCCAGCGGCAACCACCGCUGCGGCGGAUUCCGCAACAGCAAUGAGCUUGCGCAGCUACUAACACAGGCUCCUGACAGCGUGGUGAUCGCGAAGCUGUUGGGCGCAGAGCCCAACUACGGCCGCAGCCCGCUGCCGGCAGGCUUGGGGGCGGGGGCGGCGGCAAGCGGAGCAGGCGGCGGCGCCGGUGGCGGCAUGGGCGGCGGGUCUCAGGGCGGGCUGGGUUACGACCUAGGCUUGUUCGCCUCCAGUGAGGAGGAGGAGGAGGACGCGCAGCUGGCGGCGGCGCUGCAGCUCUCCCUCAUGGAGGCGGCGGGCAUGAAGGUCGGGGACGGCAGCCCCGGCACGGCGACCAGCCCGCGGCAGACACCAGCGCAAGGCCAGGUGAACACACAGGCACAGGCGCAGGAGCGGUUGCCGCUGUCGCGGCAGGCCUCUGCAGGCGGAGAUCGCGGCGUAGCAGCGCCGGCAGGGGCAGGGAUAGGGUCAGCGGCAGGGCCAGGGGCGGCAGCAGGGGCGGCGGCGGCUGGUGGGGCAGGCGGCGCGUUGUUAUCCUCGCCUGCCGCAUUCAGCAGUGGAGUAGCUACGGGUGGCAGCGGCAGCUCUGCAGCUGUCACGCCACAGGUGGCAGCGGCCGGCAUGGGUGUUGCUGCCGCAGCAGCCGGGGCUCCUAGCGGCGGCGGCGGAGGUGCAGAGUUGUCGUUAUUAGGGGACCUGGUGCCAAGCAGGAGCCUAUCGCACGAGGACGCUCGCCCGCCGGCUCGCCUGCAGCCGCUGCCUGUGGGCACGCUGUCGGGUCCGCAGUGCGAGGACACGGGCUCCCUGGCAGCAGCCCGCCUUGCACGGCCCGACCUUGACCCUCUCCUCAGCGCACCAGCGCCCGGGUCCGUGCCGGCCCCUGGCGCAACAGCAGCUUCGCGCUCACCCGCGCCUUCGGGCUCUGCUUUAGCGGCGGCCUGGGGGCCGCAGGGCAUGCCGCCGCCGAUGGGCACAACCGCGGGUGGGCCGUUCCCGGCCGGCGUGGGCGCUGCCCCCGCCACCAGGGCGAGGCCGCAGGCUGCUGCGCCCGCAGCGGCAUCGCGGGGCGGGCGCCAGGCGGUGCCUGGCCCGAGCCUGUACGAGCUGUACAGCGAGGAGGAGCUGCUGGCGUUGGCGGUACAGCUGUCACUGCAGGAUGCGAAUGGCGGCGCCCCAGUUGCGACGGCAGCGGCAGCGGCGGCGGCGCAGCCGCAGGCCACUGCCGCGGGGCCGCCGGAGACCUCGCUCAUUUAAAUGCACAUUUCCAUGACAUGAUGGGACGCAUGGCAUUGCAUGGAAUAAUGUACCGGUAAUAAAGACCUCGACACAUGCACAGGCUUGCCCUGCGUAGCGCGAGCGCUUAUGCGCCGUCCUGUGUGGUCGCCCUUCAAAUGCGCAGUUCACACACAUUCGUCUUGUGGGAUUACGGCGCGGGCGACAGCCAUGGAUGUUCCGCCGUAGGGGUAUUGACGUUUCCCCCCCUGCGUAGCCGUAAGCUGUUCCGGGUACGUUGGUCGGGUAGUGGGGCCCUGUACUUGAAGGGCAAUAGCACUGUAACAGUAGCAGGGGAGCCCCUUGCGGAUGAGCCGUGUGAAGUCAUGGUGGUGGAGAGGAAUAAUGUUGCGGCAGUUGAGAGCUAGCUGAAGCGGACUUGGCAUGAGGCAUCAUCAGCGCCGCGUGGCAUUCAUUUCUGCGUUGGCAGGAUGGCAGUGCUGAUUGGCAGCUACGCUUCGUCUUGUGGUGCAGGACCUUGCGAGCCGGCCAAGUGUUACGGUCUGCUGCCGCCGGGCUUCGGCGACUUGCACAAGCCCCGUGUUGCGCCUUCUGAUUGCUGCAGGUUUUGGCGCCGUUGCAUACCGUAGUGGUGGGAUGCAUGUGCGAGUAACUAAUACCGUUGCGGCAACGGUAAGGCGGGCGUAUACUGCCCCGGCCUCUGUCGGUGCUGGAGGCAGGUAUAGCGGCGAUGGCGUUGGAGUACAGCACGCCGUAGACGUUGCGGGGGUUAGGGCUUGGACGGGGCUGAGGAACUGAUUUAUUCCGAAUGUUCAAUAUGGACGAUGCGUUUGGAAUCCUGUGCGCUGGUAGACAUUUGGUCCAAUCAGACAACGCAGCAAGGGAUCCGCGUUGAAGGCAUACCAAAUAGCUAGAACCGCCAGCCGCUUGACACUGCGGAUUGGGCCUGUUCGAGUAUUAUGGCAACUUGGCAUGUGUGCGACCUGAGAUAGCGAUGGGCCAAGGUAAGGCGCAAUGUGGUGUAGUCCCUGCCUCCCUGGGACGCUGACAUGGUGGGACUGCAAUGUGGCUGAGCUCGCAGGGUUGCAUGCCUGACAGCCGUGCCAGGGCCGUGUUUGGCUGCGAAGGUCACAUAUCACUGUAACAAAGUAAACAG